UGCACCGGCAGGCCAAAUGUCCAAGGAAGUACACUUUUCAGUGCUACCACUUUUUUCAAAAUUUGCUUCAUCUGUCCUCUCUUUUCAGAGUUGUAUUUUGGUAUUUAACUAGCUAACUUCUCAAGCGUCUUUUAAUAGCAAAUAAACGAUACACACGGACAUGUUGUUGCCGAGGUUCCGUUUUCUAAGAUCGGUGGCAUCUCUGACAACGAGGGCGUUCUACCUGGGCCCUGUGUCUCUGCAGGGGAAGGCCCCGGACAUGUCUGAGGGGAAUGCUCACUUGCUAGUGUCAAAUGUGCGCAACCGGCUGAGGGAGAUUGUGGGAGCGUCCACUAACUGGAGGGACCACCAGCAGGCGUUAGCUGACCGUUUGUCGUUGUCCAAUCAGCUGGCUGGUUCUCAAGAUGAGCUUCCUGUCCGCAGAAUGAAGGACAGCUACAUAGAGGUCCACCUUCCCCUGGGCACAGACCCUACCCUUAGAGAGAAAUACCUUAACUACCACAAAGGUGUCAGGUUUGGCCGUAUCCUGGAGGAUCUGGACAGUCUAGCAGUGUUGAUCUGUUACUCUCACACCCAUAACAAGGCACUUCAGAGAUCUCCUCUGUCCAUCGUCACUGCCCUGGUGGACAAGAUAGACAUGAGGAAACAAGUCAUACAUCCUGACUGUGACAUCAAGUUCACUGGUCACGUGACCUGGGUGGGGAAGACCUCCAUCGAAGCCAAGAUGCACAUGUCUCAGUACCAUGAUGGGGCCUACACUCCAGUUCUGGAUGCUACGUUUGUUAUGGUGGCCAGAGACCCUGAGAACAAGAGGGCAGCGUUUGUUAAUCCUCUGAAACCAGAGGGGCCUGAAGAGGAGGAACUGUUUCAGCAGGGGGAGAUCAAUAAGACGCGUCGUAUAGAGCUGAGUACAGCGUCUCUACUGAAGGUGGCCCCUACUGCUGAGGAGAGGAAGAUCGUACACAGCCUGUUCCUCAACACCCUGGACACCAAGACAGUGAGUUUCCGUAGCAGAGUUCUGCCUCCUAACUCCGUAUGGAUGGAGGACGCCAAAGUCAAAGGAUUGGAGAUCUGCCAUCCACAGGAGAGGAAUAUCUUUAACAGGAUCUUUGGAGGGUUUCUGAUGAGGAAAGCUUACGAGUUGGGCUGGGCUAACGCAUGUGCCUACGGGGGGUGUCGGCCUAACCUGGUUGCCGUGGACGAUAUCCUCUUCCAGAAGCCUGUAGAGAUUGGCUCCCUGUUACUGCUCUCAUCACAGGUGUGUUACACAGAGGGGAACUACAUCCAGGUCAGAGUUCAUACAGAGGUUCUUGACCCCCUGACCCGGCAUCACAACACCACUAACGUCUUCCACUUCACCUUCGUCACAGACAAAGACGUCCCCAAUAUAGUACCGCAGAGCUACGGAGAGUCCAUGUUGUACCUGGAUGGGAAGAGACACUUUAACCAGACCCUGGAGUCUCAGUGAGACAAGAUGAACCCUGACCCAACACAACAACUGCCUGCCAAAGCCCUAGUGUCCAGCCACCCCAACCGCCAUCCUUACUGUACGCUGUGUGUGUGUGUGUAUUUGCAUGAACAAUAUGUCUUCAUUUGUUUCUCACUAUGUACUAUAUACACUUAGUGACAGUUUAUUACGUACACCCAUCUAGUACCAGGUCGGGACCCCCUCUGCCUCCAGAACAGCCUGAGUUCUUCAGGGCAUGGAAAUGUUUCUCAAUUGCUAUCAAGGGAACUAACGUGUGCCAGGAAAACAUUCCACACACCAUUACACUUCGCAACCAGCCUGUACUGUUGACACCAGGCCGGAUGGGUCCAUGGAAUCAUGCUGCUCACGCCAAAUUCUGACUCUACCAUCAGCAUGAUUCGUCGGACCAGGCAAUGUUUUUCCACUCCUCAAUUGUCCAGUGUUAUUGAUCUUGUGCCCACUGGAGCCGCUUCUUCUUGUUUUUAGUUGAAAGGAGUGGAACCCGGUGUGGUCGACUGCUGUAGUAGCCCAUCUGUGACAAGGACCGCCAAGUUGUGCGUUCCAAGAUGCCGUUCUGCAGACCAAUGUUGUACUGCGUCGUUAUUUUCCUGUUUGUGGCCCGCUUGUUAGUCUUGCCAGGCUCCUUUGACCUCUCAACGAGGUGUUUUCACCCACAGGACUGCUGCUGACUGGAUGUUUUUUGUUUGUUGCACCAUUCUCAGGAAACCCUAGGCAAUGUCGUGCAUGAAAAGCCCAGGAGGCCGCAGGUUCUGAGAUACUAGAACCGGAGCGCCUGGCACUGACAAUUAAACCACACUCAAAGUUGCUUAGGUCACUCGUUUUGCCCAUUCUAAUGUUCAAUUGAAACAGUAGCGGGAUGCCUGUUUGCCUGCUUUAUAUAGCAAGCCUCACACGAUACAAACGCUUACUUCAAAAAGCGCUCCUUAAGCCACGCCCCCAGUGGGCAGAGCUCAGCAUGUUGCACAGGGACACAGUUAUUAUAAAAAGGAAUAGGAUAAAAAUACUCACUUUACUAUCGGUCCGCUGUGGUUCUGUGUAGCAGUUAAUUUCGUCUUUAACAUUAAGUCAAAUAUAUUUGAGUAGUGAACAGGAAAACAAUGAGUCCCAGACAUUUACAUUUAAGUCAUUUAGCAGACGCUCUUAUCCAGAGCGACUUACAAAUUGGUGCGUUCACCUUAAGACAUCCAGUGGAACAGCCACUUUACAAUAGUGCAUCUAAAUCUUUUAAGGGGGGGGGGGGUGAGAAGGAUUACUUUAUCCUAUCCUAGGUAUUCCUGAAAGAGGUGGGGUUUCAGGUGUCUCCGGAAGGUGGUGAUUGACUCCGCUGUCCUGGCGUCGUGAGGGAGUUUGUUCCACCAUUGGGGGGCCAGAGCAGCGAACAGUUUUGACUGGGCUGCGCGGGAACUUUACUUCCUCAGUGGUAGGGAGGCGAGCAGGCCAGAGGUGGAUGAACGCAGUGCCCUUGUUUGGGUGUAGGGCCUGAUCAGACAAUUCACAAUAGAACCGACCAGGGGGGGGCAUCGUUUACUGCCUAAAUGAUUGGGAUCAUCUGGUUAACAUCUGCGUUUGGAAUACAUUAGAAAUACAGAUACAGGAUAAUUAAAUGACGUUUUCUUUGAAAAGAUGGGUUUGGUUGAGAAUAGAACAUUCCGUUUUCUGCCUGGAGUGUUGCGCUGUUUGGCCCAAUUUGCUCUACUAUUUUUACUGCCAAUGGCAUUAAAACAAAGCAUGGAUGUCCAUGUAUACUGAUGAUUCAACCAUAUAUGUACGCAUCAGCAACCACAGCUAAUGAAGUCACUGGAACCCUUAACAAAGAGUUGCAGUCUGUUUUGGAAUGGGUGGCUAGUAAUAAACGGGUCCUGAACAUCUCUAAAACUAAGAGCUUUGUAUUUGUUACAAAUCAUUCCCUAAGUUGUAGACCUCAGCUGAACCUGGUAAUGAAUGGUGUGGCUGUUGAACAAGUUGAGGAGACUAAAUGACUUAGUGUUACCAUAGACUGUAAACCGUCGUGGUCAAAAGAUAUAUUCAAUGGUUGUAAAGAUAAAGGAUGUCUGUCCGUAAUAAAGACAACUGCUUUUUUAAAACCGCAAUCCACAAAGCAAGUCCUGCAGGCCCUAGUUUAAUCUUAUUGUCAUUAUUGUCCAUUUAUAUGAUCAAGUCCUGCAGGCCCUAGUUUAAUCUUAUUGUCAUUAUUGUCCAUUUAUAUGAUCAAGUGCUGCAGAGAAAGACCUAGUUCAGAUGCAGCUGGCCCAGAACAGAGCGGCACGUCUUGCUUCAUUGUUAUCCGAGGGCAAAGAUUAAUAUUAUGCAUGCCAGUCUUUCUUGGCUGAGAGUUGAAGAUAGUUUGAGAAACAUUAAUUUGUUGGAAAUUCCAAAUUGUUUGCGUAGUCAACUUACACAUAUUUACCCCACCAGACAUGCGACCAGGUGUCUUUUCACAGUGCCCAGGUCCAGAACAAAUUAAAGUAAACGUACAGUAUUAUACAGAGACGAGUGCAUGGAACUCCCUUCCAUCUUAUAUAGUGCAAGUGAACAGCAAAGUUGUUUUCAAAAAACAAAACAACCCGACAGCAACCCCCCCCCAUGUAACCUACUUGUGUGCAUGUACUGACAUGUAUGUGGAACUGAUAGAUGCACACACACUACAUGUUAAUGUAUGUAGUCUUUUGUCGGUUAAUGGGGAUUCUAAUAAAUCAAAUAUCCACCCCUUUCCUUUAGUUAAUCAAAUGAAGGGGAGAGGCUGUGACUAUAAUUGAUGCAGUAAAUGACUUUUUGAUAAAACUUU